UAGACAUAUUUACGUAUUGAGCUUGGCACCACAGCUUUGGAUGGGGCGUAUCACAACGAAGCGGUUGAUCACUUCACCGCCGCUGUAAACUCUACCGCUUUCUCAUCGAAACUUAUUCAUUUGAUAUACGAGGACUUGACUGUGCUCUUCGGCUGGGAUCUCGAGUCUAUGUUGCUAACUACACACCAGAAACGGUGCCAGGCAUUCCUUUUGGCAGGUAAGCCUGAUGAAGCCCUUGAAGCACACAAGUACAUGAUGGACGUCAUCGACGAAACUGCGAAGGCCAGCUGCCUUGAUUGGUUCAACGAGUUCAAGGAGCAAUGCAGUGCACUCGCGCACGGUGGCCGUAUUCUUGGCGCGGAGAUCCCGGGGCAAGAGCAAGAUGGCUAUAAUGCAGAACCUAAUUUCUUCCAUGGAAUGCAUCAACAUUCUCGAAAUUUUCAGCUACGACCUCAACAGCGCCAUGAGCGACUCAAAAAACUCAGGAUUGCAAUGACGAGAGUUCCUCGUUCACCUCGACCACUUGUACGGUCUACCACCUCACCACCAGUCGCCGCCACUACCACCUUCAAAACUUACCUACGACGCCUAUUUACCAUGCCACUCCAUCAUGCAACGCCACCUGUCAUUGACGUUCCUUUUGCCCAGGGUCGACAGCGUAAUGCUGCAGCGGGUGCUCCUGGGAGCGACGACUCCUUGAUACGCGAUGAAGACCAUCAUGGAACUCCUUCACUGGAUCUCAAUACACAACAGCAACAUCAACCAGUAGCCGUUCAGGUAGACGCCGGGGAACAUGGAGGUGGCCUGUGCUGUUGCUACUGCUAGAAGCAUUGGUGAAUGUCUGUGGGCAUUUCAGUUUUAUCGUUCGUCUUGUCAUUAUAUCUACGUUGGCUUGAAGCAGUAGUUUAUCGA